AUGACAGUUUAUUAUUAAUUAAAACAAUACUUCUUUUUAUUUUCCAUCCCCCAUUUAUUCUUCUUCUAUUUACUCCAUACAUGUUUUAACAAUAGAGUAUUGAUAAUGAUUUCACAAAAUGUAUUUUUAAAACGAUCAUGGCCAAUGUUGGUUCAAUGUGCUGAAGCCCACAGAAAGCCUCGUUGGUUACCUGUCGCCAAAAGUAAGAUUUAUCGUAUACCAAAACGACCUGUAGUAUCAGAAGAGGAACGUUUAGAGCUUUUGCGUAUAAAUAAUAAUUACAAGACUCAAAUGCGGGCUAUAAGAAGGUUUUACUACGAAGAAAUGAUAAAGGAAAAGUCGACUAAGGAAAGCGCUAGUUCUGAGAUGUCUAUUCGUUUAGAAGCGGAGGACUGGGCACGAUGUGUUGAAUUAAAUGAAAAAUGGAAUGCUGAAGUGGCAGCCGAGCGUGAAGAAAGGAGAAAAAUACAGUUGGCAGAGAUGGAAGAAUAUGCACUGGCUCAUAUGGAGGUUAAGGAUAGAGAAUUGAAAGAAAGAAUAGAGAAAGCUACAAAAGAAAUCAAACGACAAAAGGAAUUAAGUGAAACAUUUAUAACACCAGAAAAUCUUGAUGAAGCAAUUGAAUAUGCUAUUGCCAACCCAACAGACUAUAACUAUGCUAUAGACUUGCGUGGCAAGAAAUAUGUCGGUACAGAAACUCCUGGAAGUUUACCCAAAGAUGAAAAGAGGACAAAUAGUAGUGUAUAAAAUCGUUUUAUUAAUAAAUGAUUUAUAA